AAAUAUGAUAUCAUUAAAAAACUAAAAUGUUUUGUCUUUAAUGUCCUAUAAACCAAAAUUAUGAAUGAAAAUUGUAUAUACAAGUUUCCUAAGUCAAAAUAUUGUAAAAAAUAAUAAUAUGAAAAUUAUAUUACUGAAUUGUAGGCAAUUUAAAAAAAUCAAAAGAAUUGGAUGUUACUGUUACUCAAUAGAUUUUAAGCAUGGGAAAAACCAAGUGUUACCGAUGAAAUAUGAUCCUAAGAUAGUUGAAAAUUCUAAAACCAUGACAUACCAUGUAGACAAUCGGAUUCGUGAUAAUUCAAAGACUUUUUCUUUGAUAUUGCCACCACCAAACAUCACUGGAUCCUUACAUCUAGGACAUGCGCUCACAGCUACUAUACAGGAUAUUAUUGCUCGAUGGUUCCGAAUGAAAGGCAUGGAUGUAGUAUGGGUACCUGGUACCGACCAUGCUGGAAUUGCCACUCAAGUAGUUGUAGAAAAAAAACUAUAUGCCGAACAAAAUGUUAGCCGGCAUCAAAUAGGUAGAGAAGCUUUCAAUAAAGAAGUGAUAAAAUGGAAAGAAAAUAAAAUGUCAACGAUAAGAAAUCAAUUAAAAAAUCUUGGAGUGACAUUAGAUUGGGACAGAGAAAUUUUCACUAUGGACAAAAAACAAAAUAGAGCAGUUUCUGAAGCUAUAAUUCGGCUAUUUGAAGAUAAACUUCUGUACAGAAAAUAUGCAUUAGUAAAUUGGUGUUGUACUUUACAAUCUACAGUAUCUGAUAUUGAAAUAGACCAUAAGGAAAUUUCUGGAAAGACCUAUAUCACCAUACCAGGAAAUAAUAUACCUGCUGAGUUUGGCAUUCUGACUGAUAUAGCUUACAAAUUUCAUGAUUCAGGUUUGUGCGUAAAUGAAAAAAAAAACCUUUUACCAUACAAUAAUAAUGUCUUUUACCAUUCAAUAGACCAAGAAAUCAUAGUAUCAACUACUAGACCAGAAACCAUGCUUGGAGAUGUAGCAAUUGCUGUGAACCCUGAUGAUGUUAGAUACAAAGGACUUGAUGGUGUUAAAUUAUGGCAUCCUUUUAGAAAAUGUACUAUUCCAAUAAUUUAUGAUAAUUCUGUAGACAAAUAUUUUGGCACAGGAGCUGUGAAACUGACACCAGCGCAUGAUGUUUUUGAUUAUGAAUUAGCCAUCAAGCAUAAUCUCCCAAUUAUUAAUGUCAUUGAUGAAUCUGGUAACAUAUCUUGUAAAGACGAAGAAUUUAAUGGUCUACCAAGGUAUCAAGCUAGGACUGCAAUAGCACAAAAACUAAAAGAAUUAAAUUUACUAAGGAAUAGAAAAGAACAUACUAUGUCAAUUCCUAUUUGUAGUAGAACUGGUGAUGUAAUAGAGCAUUUACCUAAACUACAAUGGUUUAUUAAUUGUAAAGAAAUGGCUAAAAAAGCAUCGGAGUCUCUUGAAAGUGGUGAAUUAACGAUUGAACCCAAUCAUUAUCAUAAUCAAUGGCAUUUAUGGCAUAAAAAUUCUAAAGAUUGGUGUGUAUCUAGACAACUAUGGUGGGGCCAUAGAUUACCAUUAUAUAAUUCUAAAUACGGUUGGGUAUCUGCACAUAAUGAAAAUGAAGCUAUUAGAAAAAUUGGAGCUAAGAUGAAACUAUCAGAGGAAGAAAUGGCUACUUUAGAUAUUCAACAAGAAGAAGAUGUUUUAGAUACUUGGUUUUCCUCUGCAUUAUUACCAUUUUCUUCUUUUGGUUGGCCUGAUAAGACUGAAGAUUUUAAAAGAUAUUACCCAUUGAGUGUUAUGGAAACUGGACAUGAUAUUUUAACAUUUUGGGUUUCCAAGAUGGUUAUGCUUGGAACAUAUUUAACUGGUUCACUUCCUUUUAAAAAUGUGAUUUUACAUGGUAUGAUACGAGACUCUCGUGGUAAAAAAAUGUCCAAAAGCUUAGGAAAUGUUGUUGAUCCCGAAGAUGUCAUUAAUGGAAUUUCAUUAGAGGAUUUACAAAACAAAAUUAAAGCUAGUGCCAGAUCUGGUACAAUAUCGUAUGGUGAAUUAAGUAAAGCGUUGAUAGAACAAAAAAAACUGUUUCCUGAUGGCAUUAAAGAAUGUGGUACAGAUUCUUUACGGUUAACCCUUGUUUCUCAAAACAUCAAAAAUCAAGUUAUUCACUUUAAUGUAAAUGAAUGUUACCGAAAUCGAAUGUUUUGUAAUAAAGUGUGGCAAGCUACAAGAUUUGUUUUGAUGUGGGCAGUUGAAAAAAAUGUGCAUAAUUACACAUUUCCGACUCCUAUUAAUUCUACUCAACUUUGGAUACUAAGCCGGUUGGGAGAUUGUGUUAAAAAAUGUAACGAUUCGUUCCAAAAUUAUGAUAUUUACAUAUCUACGAUGGAAGUUAAAAGAUUUUUUUACAACGAAUUUUGUGAUGUUUUCGUGGAAAUUUGUAAGCCUAUAUUUCAAUAUGGAAGUGAUGACGAAGUUAAAGCAACUUGUAAUGUGUUGUUAUAUGUUUUGGAUACAUCUCUCAGGCUCAUGAAUCCAAUCAUGCCAUUCUUAACAGAAACUCUUUAUUGUGCUUUACCUGGAAAAAACAAAACAUCUAUAAAUCAUAUUAAAUUUCCAGACUCAAUAGAAUAUAUGAAAUGGCGUAAUGAACAGUUAGAUGCUGAUAUGGAAAUUGUGAGAGACAUUAUCACAGCAAUACGUAGAAUACGAUCAAUUAAUAAUUUUAAUAAAGAUCAAUCUGAAAUUAUAUUGUGUUCAAAACUCCAAAAAAAACUACAAAACUAUGAAAAUAUUAUUCAAAUUUUAUCAGGAUCCACAUCUUUAUGUUUUUUAGAAGAAAAUUACAAUUCAAAUUUACAAUCUAUCACUGAUAUUGUUGGAAAUCAUACUGAAAUCCACCUUCUUUUAAAAGGAGGAAGUUUAGAAUAUAAAAAAUAUUACACUCAUUUAAAUAUGAGACGUCAGCGAUUAGAAAAACAAGUCAUGAAAAUGGAAAAAUCGAUUAACAAAGGAGCUCCAACGAAUGAUAAUUUGAAUGAAACUCUAGAUGAUAAGAUGCAUUCAUUAAUUGAAGAAAUAAAAAGAAUCACCAUGUAUAUGAAAACUAUUAAGGAUAAAGAAUUAGUUACAGAUUAGACAAUUAAAACAUUCUAUAAUACUGUAAUAUUAUGUUAACCAUAAGGAUAAUAAUUCUGUGUACACCAAUAAAACUGAUCACCUGUUAGUAAUAUUGGUAAA